CCUAGUUUUACUGUACAAGAUGUGAAUUCUACAGUGGGUUAUCUGUCCUUGUCUGCUGAUAUGUUUGGUGAUAGAGAGAAACAACUUGGUGUAUGGAGUCCAAAGACUAUCAAGAUACACGAUGGUUUACACGGGACUGGUCCAGUCGUUUUAUUUGAUAAGAAUGAUAAUGCUAUAUUGAUAGCACCGUUUACUAACCCUUUAACCAUGUCUACCAACUAUAACAAGACAGACCACAGUCUAUCCUGGGGUAUCAUGGGCGGUGUAGACGAGGUUCCUCCAGGCUAUACCAUCAGCACUAUUAUAGUUUAUAGUGAGAACGGUGGUAUUAACGAUGUAUUUGAUAAAUAUGGAAAACUGGUUCAGUAUUAUUUUGAUAAACAGAUUGAUUAUCAACCAGCUGAUAUAACUCUUAGUCAUCUAGGUUACUGGACUGAUAAUGGAGGGUAUUAUUACUACCAUACAGAGCCAAAGAAAAACUAUGAAGACACUAUUUUAGAUAUAAAGAAAGAUAUAGACAGAACCAAAAUACCUUACAGGUACAUGCAGUUAGACUCAUGGUGGUACUACAAAGACAAGAAUCAAGCUGUCACAAGAUGGGAACCACGCCCUGAUAUCUUUCCUGAUGGUCUUCAGAAAUUACAGGAAAAGUUGAAUCUACCCCUCUCCUUACAUAACAGAUAUUGGUCAAAGGAUACUCCUUACGCAGCCAAAUAUCUUUUUUUAAAGGGAGUUGGUUUGAGUGUCCCCUUAACAACGAAAUUUUGGGACUUUCUGUUCACACGAGGUAAGACAUGGGGAAUGAAGAUGUAUGAACAGUUUAUGUUUCUGGAAAAGAUGAAAUCCAAUUUAACACUUGCUACCACCUGGUUAGAUUCUAUGGCAACCUCGGCAGAGAAUAAUGGAAUGUCAAUACAGUACUGUAUGACACAAUCCAGAAUGGCAUUCCAGUCUUUACAGUAUUCACCUGUCACUCAGGCCAGAGUUUCCGAUGAUUACCAUUUAUUAGAUGAUCAAUGGAAGAUUGGUAUAUCCUCGUUAUUUGCUCAUGCCAUGGGAGUUCGACCUUCUAAAGAUACAUUCUGGACCACUACCAAGCAACCAGGAAACCCUUUCAAUACAACGGAGCCCUACCCAGCUCUACAGACUCUACUAGCUGUAUUAAGUACUGGGCCAGUAGGACCUAGUGAUGGUAUUAAUUAUACAAAUACAGAUCUACUAAUGAAGUGUUGUAAUGCUGAUGGUUUAAUCCUUAAACCUUCUAAACCUGCCACAGCUAUUGAUGAUGAUAUAAUAGAGAAAGCAAUAAGAGAUGGUAGCGGUGCAAAAGGUGAAGUCUACUCUACCUACAGUGAUUUUGGUGAAUAUAUCAAACAACGCUAUGGUAUAAUAGUUGUAGCUAAUUUAUCUCAGGCCUACAAUAUUACACCGUCUAAAGCCAGUUUCACAGUCAACAUCAAUAAUUUCCCAGAAUCGGUAAUAUAUGAUAGUGCUAACAUCAGUAAUACCGUACCGUUCACUGAAGAUAAACCUUACACAUUACCAGUCUGUUUACUCACUGCCACCAAUUACUGUUUAUAUUAUACCAGUCCUGUUCUUUAUAUCGGAAAUAAUUCGAAGAUUGUAAUUUAUGGUGAAACCAACAAGUUUGUUCCAAUGUCUCAACAACGUGUUUUCAAAUUCUGGAUUGAUGCCAAUUCGCUGGCUGUCACAAUUCGGGGUUUUCCCAAUGAAAACGUCACGUUUGUGUACUCUGUUGAUGACAUGAUCAAAACAACGUAUAAUAUAAUAGAUCAGAAAACACAGUGUGCUACAGUUACAUUGUUUGGUAAACCGAACAUUCCAUCUGGCAUAGAUUGUACCUAUACCCAACCAACACCCAAAUCACGACCUAAACAUAAACCAUUUGAAAAACAAGACUAUGCUUUCAGAAUCAGAGACAGUAGAAGACAACUUCGAGCUGUUCCCAACUUGUUUCUAGAGACAGGAAGUGCCAGGCAAUAA